CUUCCUCCUUCGGGCUGAGCCAGUCUGGGAGAGCUGCAGGCAUCGCGUUGUGGUCCUUGGACGGGGGUCGACUCUGAGACGUUGCAUCCCCCCAAGACAUGGUACAACGUCUGCUCUGUCCCAUCUGAUCCCUGAGGAGGAGGAGGGGAUAUUGUGACUGCACCUCUUCCAAGAAUGGUGUUUCUCCGAGAUCUCGCCCUGGUGCUCUGUGCCGUGGCCUUACUUGCUGGGGUACUGUUGAACGGCUACGUCCUCUUCAUCGCUGGCUGCCGGGUGGAGAGGACGGCCAGUACCGUGUGGUUCUGGAACCGGGCCAUGACCGAUUUAAUCUUUAUCGUCUUCCUGCCUCUCCGAUUCAUUCCCAUCCUCAACUUAGACUGGGUCCAGAAUCUGAGCAACACCGUCUCCUCCUUCCACAUGUUCUCCAGCGCCUUCCUCCUCACAGCCCUUAGUGUCGAUCGCUGCAUCCUCGUGGCACGCCCUAAGUGGGCCUGGAACCACCGCACACCCCAACUGGCUUUCAUUAUGGUUUUGGGCAUGUGGGCCCUGUCUCUUGGGUUCAGCCUGCGGUACGGUGAUCUAUUGGAAUUCCUCUUCUCACGUUCCAGAACCAGCAUGAAUUUCCAUCUAGAUGAAGGGAGGGUGAAGGCCGCCGUUACGAUCCAGUUCCUGGUUGGGUUUCUGAUCCCAUUAGCCUUGAUCUUGAUCCCAACAUUCUACAUCGUUCUAGCUGCCAAGAUGAGAAGGAACAGGCUGAUCCAAUCCACCAAGCCACUCAAGAUCCUUCUUGGCUUGAUCCCGGCCUUUUUCCUCUGCUGGCUGCCAUAUCACGUCUUCUUCUUCCUGCAGAUCUCAGCUAUGUACUUUCCGCCUAUUCUGAACAUAGGAAGUGCUUUUGCUUGUAUCCUGACAUAUUUCAACAGUUGCCUGAACCCCAUCUUCUACCUCAACAUGGAGGAAGAGUUUCUGAGGUACCGGCAAUGUGGACGCAACUCCCAAACGACCGACAACUCGGGGCCAGAGCUGGCUGAAUAGGGAAAUGGAUGGAAUUGUCGAUAUUUGCAUGGAGAAAGAAUUCUUUACACUGGGACAUGUAACUUCCUCUUGAUCCCAAAAUUCUUUUUUUUAGCACGUGAAUUUUUUGGCCUUAUUCUUAGAAGAGCCAUGAGAAUGAUGACUGGAUUUGAAAACCUGCCUUACAGUGAGAGACCCACGGAACGCAGUCUAUUUAGCUUAACAAAGAGAAGGUGAAGGGGUGAACCUUGCUGAGAGUCAAUGAGAAUAUAACAUAAUAUAACCCUGACAAAGAGUUUCCCAGGCUGGCUGUGCAUUGUGUGAACAAAUACAUCCUUUUAUUAGUUUAUAUACUUCCUUUUAUUUCUAUAAAACCUGCUGGCUAUUAAUUUCAUUUGGUGACCCCUAGCUCUUGUGUUAUGGGAAGGAGUAAAUAACACUUCAUUAUUUACUUUCUCCACACCAGUCAGGACUUUAUAGAGCUCUAACAUAUCGCCUCAUAGUUGUCUCUUUUCUAAGCUGAAAAGUCCCAGUCUUCUUAAUCUCUCCUCCUAUGGAAGCUGUCCCAUACCCCUAAUCAUUUUUGUUGCCCUUUUCUGAACCUUUUCCAAUUCCAAUAUCUGUUUUUUUAGAUGGAUUUAUAGAGAGGCAAUAUGAUGUUUUCAAUCUUAUCUGUCCCUUUCUUAAUGAUUCCCAACAUUCUGUUCGCUUUUUUGACGGACGCUGCACAUUGAGUGGAUGUUUUCAGAGAACUGUCCACAAUGACUCCAAGAUCUCUUUCUUGAGUGGUAACAGCUAUUUAGACCCCAUCAUUGUAUAUGAUUUAAUUGGGGAUCGGUCCUACUUUGAGCAGGGGGUUGGACUAGAUGACCUCCUGAGGUCCCUUCCAACCCUGAUAUUCUAUGAUUCUAUGUAUAGUAGGGAUUAUGGUUUCCAAUGUGCAUUACUUUGCAUUUAUCAACACGGAAUUUCACCUGCCAUUUUGUUGCCCAAUUACCCAGUUGUGUGAGAACGCUUUGUAGCUCUUCGCAGUCAGCUUUGGACUUAACUAUCUUGAGUAGUUUUGUAUCAUCUGAAAAUGAUGCAACCUCACUGUUUACCCCUUUUCCCAGAUCAUUUAUGAAUAAUUGAAGAGUACUGGUCCCAGUACAGACCCCUGGGGGACACCGCUAUUUACCUCUCUCCAUUCUGAAAACUGUCCAUUGCUUCCUACCCUUGUUUCCUAUCAUUUAACCAGUUAUUCAUUCAGCAGAGGUCUUUCCCUCUAAUCUCACAACAGCUUACUUUGCUUAAGAGUCUUUGGUGAGGGAACUUCUUGAUUCUGAUAAACUUAAAAAAAAUUCAGAUUACUUUUUGCAUCUUUGGCUAGCUAUUCUUCAAAUUCUUUUUUGGUCUUCCUAUUUAUAGUUUUACACUUCAUUUCCCAGAGUUCAUGCUCCUUUCUAUUUUACUCAAUAGGAUUUAACUUCCACUUUUUAAAGGAUGCCUUUUUGCCUCUCAAAGCUUCUCUAGUUUGCUGUUUACCCACGGUGGCACUUCUUUGGUUCUCUUACUAUGUUUAUUAAUUUGGGGGAUAUAUUUAAGCUGAGCCUCUAUUAUGGUGUCUUUUAAAAGUUUCCAUGCAGCUUACAGGGAUUUCACUUUUGGCACUGGACCUUUUCAUUUCUUUUUUACUAACUUCUUCAUCUUUGUGUAGUUUUCUUUUCUGAAAUUAAAUGCUACCGUGGUGGGCUGUUGUGAUGUUUCCCCUGCCACAGGGAUGUUAAAGUCCAUUAUAUUAUUCUCACUGUUACCAAGUGGUUCAGUUAUAUUCACCCUUGGACCUGAACCUGUGCUCCACUUAGGACUAAAUCAAGAAUUGGCUCCCCUCUUGUGGGUUCCAGGACUAGCUGCUCCAAGAAGCAGUCAUUUAAAGUGUCAAGAAACUGUGUCUCUGCAUCGUGUUCUGAAGUGACAUGUGUCCAGUCAAUAUGGAGGUAGUUGAAAUCCCCCAUUAUUACUGAGUUAUUUUUAUUUUAAUAGCCUCUCUAAUCUUCCAGAAUAUUUCACAGUCGCUAUCACCAUUCUGGUCAGGUGGUCAGUAAUAUAUCCCUACUCUGUAUUCUUAUUAUUUGGGCAUGGAAUUAUUCUCCAUUGAGAUUCUGCGAUACAGUUUGGUUCAUUUCAGAUUUUUACUUCAUUUGAUUUUAUGCUUUCUUUCACAUAUAGUGCUGCUCCCCCACCAGCACGUCCUGUUCUGUCCUUCCAAUGUAUUUUGUACCCUGGUAUUACUCAUCGAUUAUCCUCAUUCCACCAAGUUUCUGUGAUGCCUGUUAUAUCGAUGUCCUCAUUUAAUACGUGACACUCAAGUUCACCCAUCUUAUUAUUUAAACUUCUAGCAUUUUUAUAUAAGAACUAAAAUGUCACUUUUUAGCUGUCUGCCAUUACAUGAUGUAAUUGAAUCAACUUAGGCUUCUACUGGUGAGAUUUUCAAAAGCACCUAUGUGAGUUAGGUUCUUAACUCCUAACUUCAAUGGGAAUGUGGCAGCUAACUCCCUUAGCCACUUUUAAAAAUCUAGCCCUGUGUCUUCAUUGUCAAACCCGAGCCUGCAAACCCCAUAAGCCAACACGUAAUGAGAUUGGUUUGGAAAGAAAGACAUUUGGGUUCCUCUUUUUUGCUGUAUUUUUUUUUUUUUUUUGCCGGGAGGGGAGGGCAUGUCAAACUUUUCUCUGCAAAAACGAAAGGUGGAAAUUUACCUAAAAAAAAAAAAAGAAGCGAAAGCUGAAAUUCCCACCUAAUCAUCUGGUUCCGGGAUCUGGGGCUUGCAGGAAAA